GUGACGUGUUACUAUUCUAAGCAUGUGGUGUUUUCCAUCAGUUUUAGAAGAAGUGAAAACCCUGGAAUUACCAAUUUUGAGUUUCAGCAAACAAUAAGGAAUGUGAUUUAUGAAACAGUCAUUUCAUAAGAAACAUAAUAAAAAAUCUGAGAAAGGCGAAGGAGAGGGUUCCUCUGAUCAAACACAAGACAGAGGUCAAAGAGUUAACGAAGGCCUACACAGAGCAUCGCUCCACACAGGGGGUAGGAGUUCACCCAGGGAGUCUCCGCCCCACACAGAGGGUAGGAGUUUACCCAGGGAGUCUCCGCCCCACACAGAGGAUAGGAGUUUACCCAGGAAGUCUCCGCCCCACACAGAGGAUAACAGUUUACUCAGGAAGUCUCCGCCCCACACAGGUGAUAACAGUUUACCCAGGAAGUCUCCGCCCGACACAAAAGGUAAGAGUUUACUCAGGAACUCCCGGCCUCACACGGAGGGAAGGAAGUUCCCGAGGAAGUCUCCGCCAACAGAGGCUGCGGCUUCACACGAGGAUUUUCUACACUCAGAGAUCGGCGGUGAUUUUCCACUUCCCCAACAGCAUACGGAAGAUGGAGAUUUGUCCGGGGCGUCUUUGAUAGCCCCGGAAAGAGGGACUUUGUACAGGGAGCUUGCUCAUUCGGAAGCUCCGGAAGAGGAGGGUCUGUACAGGGAGUUUGCUCAGUCGGAAGCUCCGGAAGGUUUGUACAGGGAAUUUACUCAGUCGGAAGCUCUGUACAGGGAGUUCGCUCAGCUAGAGGACCGAGAUCUCUCUAUAGCGGCUAUACAGAGCGACCUCCAGCAGUCACUGCUCCCCCUGGUGAAACAGGAGCUCUGGUACAAGAUCCGCUAUAAACGACUGUCGGAGGGGAAAGAGGAGUUUGUUCCUGACGACCCCAAACCCCCGCAACAGUACGAGCUUACUGAAGACGAGCGGUAUAAAAUCGAACAACGGAGAUUACAAAACAGACAAUCUGCUCAGCGUUCAAGGAAAAGGUCCGAGAACAACGAGCAAAGCCUUCUGCAGAAAAUAAGUCGUCUCGAAAAGGAUAAUUCGAAAUUAUUGGAAGAGAAAGAAAAAUUACAGAAAACGAAAGAAUCGAUUCUUCUUAAGUUCAAUAACAUUGGCUGUUAUCCCUCUAUUAGAAUAUGCUCGUGUGGGAUUCGUUUAAAAUCUGGACAAGAUGUGUCAGCGACAGAGACCCGGGGGUCGGGAGAAAGAGACAACGGUGUAACUCAACAAAAGCGACCUUAACAUUCAGUGCAAACAAUAAAAGAGAAACACGCAAUAAAUGGAUACAGUGUUAUAUAUAUUUACUAUCGAUUAGCAUCUCUGUGUAAAAAUUGUGAUUUGAACUUUCAAUUUCGGGAAAGUUUUUAAAAGUUUGCUUAUAAACUGCCCAUUGAAACGCUUGUCUGCGAACGAUCAGGAAUAUUAAUAUUCUGUUUAAAAGAUUAUACGAUUGAUUAUUUUUUUUAGUAACUAUGACUUAUAUUUAUUUGUAAUUAGGCAUGAGAAUCCAAUAUAAAUGUUUGUGAAUGUCGAUAAAUGUAUAUGUACUCUC